AUGGAUUCAGAUUCUAACGUCGAAUGUAAAAUAGUGGUUGUUGGAGACAGUCAGUGUGGUAAAACCGCUCUGUUGAACGUAUUCGCCAAAGAUUGUUUCCCUGAGGGCUACGUGCCCACAGUGUUUGAAAACUACACGGCAAGCUUUGAUCUGGAAUUGCAGAGAGUCGAGUUGCGGCUGUGGGACACUUCAGGUUCUUCCUACUAUGACAACGUGCGGCCUCUUUCCUACCCUGAUGCUGACAUAGUCCUCAUCUGCUUUGACAUCAGCAGGCCAGAAACCUUAGAUAACAUUCUCAAGAAGUGGAGAGCAGAGAUUGAAGAGUUCUGUCCCAACACCAAGUUGCUGCUGGUUGGAUGCAAGUCAGACCUCCGGACAGACCUCUUCACCAGAUCCCACAACAGACAGACUCCAGUAUCAUAUGAUCAGGGCUCCAACACAGCCAAGCAGCUGAGCGCCCCCUACCUGGAGUGUUCCUCACUGCAGUCGGAGAACAGCAUCAGAGACAUUUUCCACGUGGCCACGCUGGCCUGUGUCAGUAAACACAACAAGAACAUGAAGAGAAGGAAGUCCUUCAGGGCCACGAAGAGGAUGUUUCACAGUGGAAGAGACAUCUCCACUGUGGUAACACCACACUAUCAGCAGACCAAAGCUAAAAGCUGUGCUGUCAUGUAAACACAAACACAUAAUACGAACCAGAAGUUCUGUCAGCUGAUGAAAACUGUUUCCGUCACCUCAGAGUGGGGUGUUCUGAGGUGUAUAUGGGCUGGGCAUUAUUUGAAAAUGAAGACUGUUUUGAUGCUUUGGGGAAAAACUGUGCCAAGCAGACUCUAUGUACACAUUUGACUGAAAGAAUACAAUCUGGAGUAUACAUUGACAGAAAAAUGAUGGGCUCCGAACUAAAAAGAAGCAGAUUUCACCUCAAUUCCUACGAACUUUCACACAAACAUAUAUGUGCAAUAAACCAUCACCUGCAGCUAAAGCUAGAUGACAAAACAAAAGGAAAACUUUGUUUGUUAGUAAAAUGUUGACCACAAGGACAGCUUCACUGCUUCUUUGAGUAGACAUUCCCUCUUCUGGGUUUGGACGAUGGUGGCUGACAAGUAGCUCCAAAAACUCCCAUAGGUGUCUAGUUGGGCUGACAUCUGAUGACUGAUGAUGUGAAUGGUUUCAUAUGAUUCACAUAAUUUUCAUUUUCAUCAAGCCA